UUUCUUGUUCCAGGUUCACAGAGACAAAUACGGAGAGACUUUGAAUGACAAAAACAAACGACAAGAGACAUAAUGGCAUCAGCAUAUAAAGGUGAUUCACAGGAGCUGAGGAUUGUGCUGCUGGGAGCCUCUGGAGCUGGAAAAAGUUCAACAGCAAAUGCAAUACUGGGUCAAGAGGCGUUUAAAGAGAGCAGAACCAGAGAGAGUGAGAAACAGACAGGAAGAGUAGAAGACAGAAACAUCUCCAUCAUCGACACGCCAGGAUUCUUCAACACUCAACUGACUGAUGAAGAGAUGAAGAAUGAAAUGAUGAAGAGUAUGUACCGCUGUUAUCCUGGUCCUCAUGUGUUCCUGCUCGUCAUCAACCUGGAGACCUUCAGAGAGGAGCAGAGGAACCUCAUGGAGCAAAUUCAGGAGACCUUUGGAGCUCAAGCUUUGAAGUUCACAAUGGUGCUCUUUGUUGGAAGAGAAAAAAUUCCAAAUAGACAAUGGAAGCUCCUUAUGGAUAGUAGAAGGUUUCAGGAGCUUGUCAGUCACUGCAGAGGACAAUAUCAUGCAUUCAACAGUAAAAAUGACAUUAUUCCAACUCACAUCACAAAACUUAUAGAGAGGAUUGAUGAAAUCAUCAAACAGAAUGAUGGCCAGCAUUACGACAUUGACAUUUAUUUAAGAGUUCCAAUAAAGUGCAGAAAAGGAAAGAUGAAACAAGAGAAAGAAAUAAAAGUUCAAGAGACGAAACAAGAGCAGAUACAAAUAGUGCGGGAGACGAUUCACAUGCACACUGUAAAGGAAAAGGGCACAACAAAUGUUGUGACUAAAAAGAAAGAUUUUAUUUCUCAUGUGACAAAAAUUGAGAGAACUGAAUUAUAUGUAGACAGACACUCUAGAGAUCCACAAGAAAACAGGAAUGAUGAAGAAGAGGUGGUCAAACCAUCAGCAAAAUCACUGAGAAACUGCUUUGAACACAAGGGAGAAACAAAUACAGUCCAGAAACCAGAAGAAUACUGGACAAUGAGCAGAACAAGAAAAUUCGACCAGAAGAAACAACAGACAGAGACAAAACAACAUCCAACCCAAGCAGUCUCAGAGUGCAUCCAGAGCGGACACACGAAACCUGGUGAGUGCACAGAUCUCAGGAUCGUGAUGGUGGGUAAAACUGGAGCUGGAAAAAGCGCAACUGGAAACACCAUCCUGGGACAGAAAACAUUUAAAGAAGAAUUUUCUACUGAAUCUGUGACCGUGAAAUGCCAGCAGCAUCAGCAGACAGUAGAAGGUCGAAUCAUCUCAGUGAUAGACACUCCAGGACUGUUUGAUACGUCAAUCAGCGAAGAACAACUGAAGAAUGAAUUAGUGAAGUGUGUAAAAAUGUCUGUUCCUGGUCCUCAUGCGUUUCUGCUGGUCAUCAGACUAGACGUCAGAUUCACAGAUGAAGAGAAAAACACAGUGAAAUGGAUUCAGAAGAACUUUGGAGAAGAAGCUGCACGUUACACCAUCAUUCUGUUCACUAGAGGAGAUCAGUUAAAAACAUCCAUAGAGGAGUUUCUGACCAAAAACAAGCAGAUUCAAGAGUUAGUUCAACAGUGUAAAGGAGGUUAUCAUGUGUUCAAUAACACAAAGGAAGACAAUCGAUCACAGGUCACUGAACUGCUGGAGAAGAUCGACAGAAUGGUGGAGGAGAACGGAGGAGAGCGUUACACAAAUGAGAUGUACCAGGAAGCUCAGAUACAAAUCUGGGAAGAAGAGAAGAGGAAGAGAGAAGAAGAGGAGAGACAGAAGUUAGAAGAGGAGGAAAAGAUAAGGAAAGAGGAAAGAAGUAGGCUGGUGAAUAAGGGGGUCUUAAUGGGAACAGGUAUGGUAGUGGGUGCAGGAGCAGCAGUUGUAGUUGGUGGAGGGACAUUUGGUCCAGUUUUAAUCUCAGGAGCAGCAGCUGCAGGAGGCGCAGCUCUGACCUCUGUUGUUAAAGGAGAGUCACUAUCUGAAGCUGUAAUGGCAGGAGCAGUAGCUGCUGGAAAUGCAGCACUGAAAUCUGUUACUAGUGGAGCAUCAAUACCUGCAGCUUUAAUGGGGGGGAUGAGCAAGAAAUAG